GACUUUCUUCAACAAGACAAAUAUGUUUUGUACCAAGUUAUAUAAAAUUGUUCCGAUGGAGAUAGAAAAUAUUGUUUAGGGCAAAUAAUGUAUUUUUCUAUUAGUUCAAAUUUUACAUUUUUUAUUCCAAUAUCCAGUGUAGAUACUAAUAACGUAAAUGAUACUAAUAUGGAAAAAUAUUUGCUUCCAGGACUAAAAUGUAACAACAUUCAAGAUAUGAGGCAAUAAAUGCAACCAUUAUUAUAUUUCUUUAUCUUAAUGAAAAUGUCCUCACCCUCAAGUAGUUCUAAAGCUUAUCCGUCUCUUUCUUCUGUUUCUUUGGGCUUUUGCAUCCUUUGUGUUUAAAAGAUAUAUAGAUUAAAGACAUGUUUGGAAUAAGUGGAGGGUGAAUAAACCAUUUUAAUUUUUAGGUAAACGAAUUAUAAUAUGAGCAGUGUUGCAUUUUUUGCGCUUGAAUUUGCUUUUAAAUGUAUUUCAAAGCUUUGAUAGCUUCAGAGCUUUAUGUUAAAUUCUCACGCUGGUUUCUCAGCACGUGAUAGUGUUUUGUUUUGACAGUUAAAUGAGACGCUGGCAUCUUUUCCUGCUUUAAAAGAGGGCAUGUGCUGUCUAUGAAAAUCAUUUAAUGGUAACAUCCCCUUUUCUCGAGUUAUAGCGUGGGUGUCAGACGAAGAAAUAAAACCGAAAACGGGCACUGCUGGAUGCAGACAAUCGCUGACAGGACCCAUUUCACUUUUACUUCAGGACUAAAGCAUCAAUAAGUGCGAUUCUGGUGUUCAGUUCUUUCCACUGACUCUUUGCUGCUGACUGCGUAUAAAAGCGUCUAUUUGAUCUUUUUUUUUGGUUUAUAGUUGAUUCAGGAUGCCGGAUCAGCCGGUGACUUUACCCGUGUGCAGGAGACUGACAUACGCCGUGGGUCAUUUCUUCAAUGAUCUCUGCGCGUCUAUGUGGUUCACCUAUUUGCUGGUGUUUUAUCACUCGGUUCUCGGUUUUAAGGACACAAACGCAGGUGCACUGCUGCUGGUCGGACAGAUAGCUGAUGGGAUCUGCACUCCGCUUGUCGGCUAUGAAUCGGAUCGGACGUCAGGAUGUGGAAAAUAUGGGAAAAGAAAGACUUGGCAUUUAGUGGGAACAUUAAGUGUGUUUGCCUCAUUCCCAUUCAUAUUCAACCCCUGUAUCGGAUGUGAUGAGAAAACCUCGCAGAUAUUGGGAAUCAUUUACAUCAUCCCAUUCAUCAUCAUCUUCCAGUUUGGCUGGGCUGCGACUCAGAUAUCCCACCUGUCACUCAUUCCUGAGCUGGUCAACUGUGAACACGCCAAAGUGGAACUGACUUCGUACAGGUAUGCUUUCACAGUGGUGGCAAACAUUACGGUGUAUGCUGUGGCGUGGCUCUUGUUUCAUUUCCAAUCCCAACAAACAGAGGACCCAUCCAUAACCCAGAAUCUGAGCUGGGCUGAUGUUCCCACAUUUAGAUAUCUGGCACUUACAGUAUGGGGCAUUGGUACAGUUACCUCUGUCAUUUUUCACCUGGGCACUAAAGAAGCCGUUCAGCCUCAGGAGGGUGAAGAGACUGGAAAGUCUGAGGUUUCCAGUUUCUCUUCCCAAACCUCUGGAGCCCUGCUCCGAUGGAAGCACUGGCUAGUCGAACCAGCCUUCUAUCAGGUUGCCUUACUAUAUAUGUGCACUAGACUGAUCGUAAACAUGUCCCAAACGUACAUCCCGAUGUAUCUGACAAACUCCUUAUUACUGCCAAAGAACUACAUUGCAACAAUUCCCCUGGUUAUGUACGUCAGCGGCUUUGUAUCUUCUCUGGUUAUGAAGCCUGUAAGCAAAUGGAUCGGCACUUCUAUGACCUAUUUUGCAGGUCUUGUGCCCAUAAUGGCAUUUUCCUUUUGGGUUUUGGUGGAUCUGAACAUGGGUUCACGGGUUUACGGAGCCGCUGUGCUGCUGGGAGCGGGAUCUGCUGUCAUUCUGGUCAUGUCUCUGUCCAUGACUGCCAAUCUAAUCGGAGAUCAGACACAAAGUGGCGCUUUUGUGUACGGUGCAAUGAGCUUCACUGAUAAGGUGGCCAACGGACUGGGAGUCAUGAUAAUCCAGGCUUUACAUCCUUGUCAAACACUGGAAUCUGACUGUAAAUGGUUUUACCACAACGUGAUGGUCAUUGUCACAGCUGGCGUGUCUGCUGUUGCAGCUCUUUGUCUGGCUACGAUUCUCAUCUGGCCCAUUACGAUUCGCAGACGUCUUGCAGUUAUCAGAGGCCUGAUGGCUACAAAUGAAGAUGAGACAAGCUACUAUGGCAUCAAUGGAUCACUGAACUGACAGAUUCAACGUUAAAUUACUUUAACAUUCAGAAAUGUGAGAAAGACCAGGCCACAUUGCAGAGGAAGCUCUAUGUUUUUUUUUUUAAACUCAACAGAAACAAGGAAGAGCUGAAAAUAUGCAGCCCUGUGGUCACAAGUUCUCACAUCAGCACUUUAGAGAUACGAGUUUCUGCAUUGUUAUCACAUUCUCAAGAGUGUGUCAUCUUGUAAGUAUGAGUUCAGGUCUGUCACAUGGAGAGAGACGAUCUGAAAAAAAAAAACAAUAACAAACACGCGACACACUGGAGAUGAGGUAGUUACUCUGCUGAAAAAUUUUCCCAAACAUUUCCAAAGAUUCCUCUUGCAAUCAAAAACACAUAUACUUUGAAUAAAGUAAAGAAAGGUGCUUUUUGAAAA